UACGCUGCGACCGUCACAGCGGUGACGCCCCUCGGGUUGAGAACCUCUCUCAAUUUGCUCAUACGUCAUCAAACAGCGACAAUGUGUUUGGGAACGCUAACGUGAAGCGUCGGCGUGAGGGCAGACGCUGGAAUAAAUAAAGUUUUCCUCCUUCGGACGCCCCCGCUCCGGCUCAGUUCUCCUCCUUAUGAAUCCAGUAAUUAGACGCAGCCUCCCCGCGUCAGUGAAGAGCCUCCUGACCGACAUCGCCCCUAAGGAGCAGGAGUGGACCGAGGCGGAGACGGUGGCCCGGGAUGGCAUCCUGCUUCCGUCCAGAGGAGCCGGAAAAGAGGAGUUCCUGUCUCCAGCCACGAUCCGACAGGAGGAGGCCGCGGAGGACGAGUCUAAGGCCUGUGCGCGCAGGGCGGUGUGCGUGCUGUGCAAACGUAAACCCUCUAAGUACACCUGUCCCCGCUGCAACCUCCAGUACUGUGGCCUGUCCUGCUACCAGAGCCCAGACCACUCCGCCUGCUCCGAGGAGUUCUACAAGGAGUCUGUCCUGCAGGAGCUGAAGGAAAUGGGGAAAACCGAGGCCGAGGGUAAGAGGAGGAUGCAGGAGAUCCUGCUGGGGCUGAGGCAGAAAGCAGAUGCCACACGUGGGGGGAUGGAGAGUUUGGUAAAAGAGGCAGACAUGGCGGGAGAAGGAGAAGCAGCGGAGAAGGCGAGGGUUUUGGAGCUCCUGUCCAAGUUGGCUCAGCUUCAGCAGUCCGGGGAGGAGAACGUACCGGAGAUGGAGGCUAUUGUGAGAGAACUUGAGGAGAUCGGAGGAGCGGACUCAACGCCAGGAGCUGCUGGCGAGGACGCCGAGGGUACAGAAGGGGAGCCGGACUUGGCUGAGCGCCUGUCAGGGCUGGAUAUCGACAGGCUGUCGGAGGAGGAGCUGUGGGAGCUUCUGGGCAAGGAGGAGCAGGAGAGGUUCAUGGGUCUUCUGAAGGGAGGGGACCUCGGCGAGGUGGUCCCACUGUGGACCCCCUGGUGGGAGGAGCACGACGAGGGAGGCAGGCCGCUCAUCGAGGUGCUUCAGGAGGAGGUGAACAAACAGGAGAAGGACAGUGAUCGUCGAGUCAAGGCGUCAGAAGAAGAUGGUGAGACAGGAGAGUCGGCUUCAAAGACAAACGAGGCUGAGGGAGGAAACAAGAGGGAAGCAGGCAAACGUAAAGGAAGCUCAUCUAAAGAGAGAGUUCCCUCGGUUUCUGCAAAUAUUCCAAAGAUGAGCUCCCUGUGUGCGAACCCGUCCCCCCUGGUUUGCUACGGCCUCGUAAACGCCCUUUACGGCUACGCCUUCUCCCUGUCGCUGUUCAACGGCGACGCCGACUCGCUGACGCUCGACUUCUGUGACGUGACCCUCUCUCUGUCCGAGGCGCUCAGCUCUGGGAGGGUGUUCAGCUCCGUCCGGGAGGCCCUAGACGGCGCGGAGGCUCUCGUCCUGCGUCACGGUCACCUGGACAGGGAGGACCCUCUGGCUCCGGCCAGGGCAGCGGAGGCCGUGGCCCACAUCGUGACGGGCAGAGACCGGCGGGACGCCUCGGGCUACUGCCUGGCUGCCCUGAGCCAGCUGCGCAGCGCGCUCUCCAAGGCCAGGGGGAAGCUGUCCAAGCAGGGCGAGGAAGGGGCGAGGAGGCGGAAGUACUUCCAGGCGGGCAAAAAGUGCGAGUUCUUCCAAGCCUGGGUGAAGGAGAACGAGGAGCGGAUUCCCGGGCUCGCUGUCCAGCUGUGGAGCGAACACAGUGACAGAGGGCGCGCGAGGAGCAGCGUAGAGAAAGCCAAGACUGUAGUAGAGGAGAAUCUGAAGAAAGGAAAGAGAAAAGGAAACGAUAAGCUCAUCGAGGAGCUCAGCUAAAUGUAUCAAUGUAUGUGCAUAUUUGUUAGCAGAUUUUUGGUAAAUAAAAUAUUUCUAAAUU